AUGGUCGAGCAUUCUGGUAACUCGGUCAACUGGUUGAUGGAUAACUUCGAUCUCGAUUUGUCCCUCCUCGCUCGUUUGGGUGGCCACUCUGCCGAGCGUACCCAUCGUGGUAAGGAGCGUUUCCCCGGUAUGACCAUCACUUACGCCCAGAUUCAGAUGGCGGAGGCUAUUUCCAAGGCCCAGCCCAGCAGAUGCCAAAUCAUCAACAAGGCUCGCGCCACUGACCUCAUCAAGAAUGAGAAGGGUGAGGUUGUUGGUGUCGAGUACACCACUAAGGAUGGCCAGACCCAUAAGGUCUAUGGCCCUGUUAUCCUCGCUACUGGUGGUUUCGGUGCUGAUUUCUCCAAGGACGGUCUUCUCGCCAAGUACCGCCCCGAUCUCCUCAAGCUCUCUACCACCAAUGGUGAGCACUGCACUGGUGAUGGAAUCAAGAUGGGUAUGGCCGCCGGUGCCGACACUGUCGAUCUCGAGUGGGUACAGGUCCAUCCUACUGGUCUUGUUAACCCUAAGGAUCCCGACUGCAAGGUCAAGUUCCUCGCUGCUGAGGCUCUCCGUGGUGUUGGUGGUCUUCUCCUCGAUGCCGAUGGAAAGCGUUUCUCCAAUGAGCUCGGCCGUCGUGAUUACGUCUCCAACAGGAUGUUCGCCAACAAGGGACCUUUCCGCCUCGUCCUCAACUCCGCCGCUGCCAACGAUAUUCACUGGCAUGUCGAGCAUUACGAGGGCCGUGGUGUUAUGAAGCACUUCAAGAGUGGUUAUGAUCUCGCCAAGGAGAUGGGUAUCGCCCCCUCCACUCUCGAGGAGACCUUCAAGAGCUACAUUGAGGUUGGUGACAAGCAGACUGCCGAUCCUGACAAUGGUCCCUAUGAUGCCUACCCGUCUGGAAAGACUUGGGAUGAGUGGGGAAAGAAGUUCUUCAAGAACUACAACUACAAGAUGGAUGACGAGUUCGAUGUUGCCAUCGUCACUCCUCUCGUUCACUACUGCAUGGGUGGUUUGAAGAUCGAUACUACCGGUCAUGUUCUCGACAAGGAGGGUAAGCCCAUCCGCGGCCUCUAUGCCGCCGGUGAGCUCAUGGGAGGUGUUCACGGCAACAACCGUUUGGGUGGUAACUCUCUACUAGACUGUGUCGUCUUCGGUCGCCUCACUGGUAAGGACGCCGCCAAGACUUUCUUGCCUGCUCAUGAACACAUUCCUCUCAAGGAUCUCGCUGAUGGCUGUACCGAGGCCAGGCAAAGAGCCAUCGUUGUCGGUGGUGGUCUUGCUGGUUUCUCUGCUGCUAACACCAUCUUGGAACAGGGUGGAGAAGUCAUUCUUCUCGAUAAGUCUGCCUUCUGCGGCGGUAACUCCUCCAAGGCUACCUCUGGUAUUAACGGUUCUUGCACUAAGACCCAGAAGAGGCUCGGUGUUGAAGACUCCAACGAGCUCUUUGAGUCCGAUUGCAUGAAGGGUGGUUCCAAGAGCCCCGAGCUCAUCAAGACUAUGGUUGAGAACUCCGGAAACUCUGUUGACUGGCUCGUUGAUAACUUCGGUCUUGAUCUUUCCCUCCUUGCUCGUCUCGGUGGUCACUCUGCUGAGCGUACCCAUCGUGGUAAGGAGCGUUUCCCUGGUAUGACUAUUACCUAUGCUGAGAUUCAAAAAGCUGAGACCAUCUCUAAGGCUCUUCCUGAGAGGUGCCAGAUUGUCAACAAGGCUCGUGUCACCGAUCUUAUCAAGGACGAUGAGGGUGCCGUGAUUGGUGUCCAUUACGAGAAGGCUGGCAAGGGUUACUCUCUCUUUGGACCCGUUAUCCUCGCCACUGGUGGCUUCGGUGCCGAUUUCUCCAAGGACGGUCUUCUCGCCAAGUAUCGCCCCGAUCUUCUCAACCUGUCCACUACUAAUGGCGAGCACUGCACUGGUGAUGGAAUCAAGAUGGGUAUGGCCGCUGGUGCCGACACUGUCGAUCUCGAGUGGGUACAGGUCCAUCCUACUGGUCUUGUUAACCCUAAGGAUCCCGACUGCAAGGUCAAGUUCCUCGCUGCUGAGGCUCUCCGUGGUGUUGGUGGUCUUCUUCUCGAUGCCGAUGGACAGCGUUUCUCCAAUGAGCUCGGCCGUCGUGAUUACGUCUCCAACAGGAUGUUCGCCAACAAGGGACCUUUCCGCCUCGUCCUCAACUCCGCCGCUGCCAACGAUAUUCACUGGCAUGUCGAGCAUUACGAGGGCCGUGGUGUCAUGAAGCACUUCAAGAGUGGUUAUGAUCUCGCUAAGGAGAUGGGUAUCGCCCCCUCCACUCUUGAGCAGACCUUCAAGAGCUACAUUGAGGUUGGUGACAAGCAGACUGCCGAUCCUGACAAUGGUCCCUAUGAUGCCUAUCCGUCUGGAAAGACUUGGGAUGAGUGGGGAAAGAAGUUCUUCAAGAACUACAACUACAAGAUGGAUGACGAGUUCGAUGUUGCCAUCGUCACUCCUCUCGUUCACUACUGCAUGG